AAAAGAAAGAAAAAAAAAAAGUUAAAUACUUUUUCACGCGCACACACCAAAACCCUAAUCAUUUCUACACCUUUCAUAAAACUAAGGCCAUCGUUUCUCUAUCACUUUCCGGGAAAAUCCACCAAUUUUCCCAAGAAAAUUCAUCUUCUAUUUUCUCGCUUCACUCUAACGCAUCACACUCUUUCACGAAUUAACCAUGGCGGAUGACGGCGUUUCCAACGGCGGCGUCAACGAUCAGUACGAGGUACAAUCCGUGACGAAGAUCUCAGCGUUGGAGCGAGAAAGAGACGAAUUGGUUACUGAGAACAAUGCUAAGAAAGAGGAGAUCAAGAAACUGAGUGAUGAACUCGAGGAACUGAGGAGCAAGAGUGAGGAAAAGAGGGAGAAGAUUGAUGAGUUGCUGGCGGAAGUUGAGAGGUCGCAAGAUGCUGUGAAGGCUGCGGAGGUUAUUGCGGCUAGGGCGGCGGAUCUUGAGACGCAAGUGUCGAGGAUGCAACAUGAUAUGAUAUCGGAUAUGAGUGCUUCGGAUGAAUUGAAGAAAGAAUCUGAUGGAUUGAAAGAGGUUUUGAAAGAGAAGGAGUCUAGGGUUGAGGAAUUGGUGAAGGAAGUUGAAUCUUUGAAGAAGGUGAAAUCCGAGAGUGAGGCGAGGAUAAAGGAUUUAGAGAAGAGGAUUGGUGGUCUUGAGAUGAAGGAAAUUGAUGAGAGGAAUAAGAGGAUUAGGGUUGAAGAGGAAUUGAGGGAUAAGAUUGGUGAGAAAGAUAGGGAAAUUGAGGGUUUUAGGAGCAGGGUUGAGGAAUUGGAGAAGGUUGCUGGUGAGAAGAAUCAUGAGAUAGGGGAUUGGGUUAAUGAGAAACUGAGUUUGGAGAAGGCGCUUAGAGAAUCUGAGGAGAAAGCAAAGGUUUUUGAAUCGAAUAUUAUUCAAUUGCGCAAUGAAACAGGAGAAGCUGAGAAGAUGAUCAGAUCAUUGAAUGAAAAAGCUGUUGAGAUAGUCGAUAGAGAUAUAAAUGGGAAUGAUGGGAUAGAGCGUGAAGGGGGAAAUGAACGUAAGUUGCAGUGGCCGAUUGUAGCAGCGGGAGCAGGAUCUACGGUAGCUGUGGCAGCUUUGAUCUAUGUGUACUGUGCGAAACGGAGUUGAUUUUACUGUGAUGGGGAAUUUGAAUGGGAGGUUGUAGAGGUUAGAUUUACCGGUCUUUUUACUCAGAAAUAUGCUUCAAUUUUGUUUGUCAUAAAUAAUGCUUCUUCGGCUUUUGUUGUUAAAGGCUGUUAAUUUUGAUAUAUGUCGAAUUUGGCAUACUAGUUUGUUUUGUCGGUUGCUACCAUUGUGUGUUGGAGCAAUGCUCUGAUUAACUACAGUCAUUAGGUUUUUGUUGUACUGAUUUUACAAGUUUGUUAUAAUAGUUGAUUUCAAAGUUUGGAUUUAAUCAAUAGUAGAUUGAAUGUAAAAUUGAGAUCGAUGAUAUGAUAUCUUAGAUUAG